AUGGGUUCUUCAAGAUUGCUCGUCUUCUUCAUUGCAAUUCCUAUUAUCUUGGACCUUGUUGCUCCUCCUGCCGUAGCCCAAAUCAACGACGGUGUGUGCACUUACACAGCCGACUUCUGCUGGAGAUGUUCCAAUAUUGGUACCUACAAUGAUGGCAGCAUCUACCAAGAAAACCUCAACAACCUCCUCUCCUCCUUCUCAUCCAACAAUACACAAAUCAAUUAUGGCUUUUACAAUUCAUCAAUGGGACAAGACCCCAACAAAGUGAAUGCAAUUGCAUUAUGCAGAGGAGAUGUGUCCCUCAACGACUGUCACACUUGUGUCAACGAGUCCAGUGUCAUCCUCUUCAAGAAUUGUUCAAACCAAGAUGAAGCAAUCUUCAAUUUGGUGCUUAAUCUCUUCUUGGAUACUUUGACUGAGAAAGCUUCAUCAGGGGAUUCUCUUAAGAAGUUUGCAGCUCGACAUGUGACAAGUACCAAGAGAACCUCAACAGCCUCCUCUCUUCCUUCUCCUCCAACACCCAAAUCAAUUCCGGGUUUUACAAUUCAUCCAGGGGACAAGACUCCAACAAGAUCAAUGCAAUUGCAUUAUGCAGAGGACUCUUGUCAAGCUUGUCUCAACAAGUCUACUGAUAUUCUCUUGCAAAAUUGUUCAAAUCAAAAGGAAGCAAUCAUAUGGGCAGAGCGUUGUAUGGUGAGAUACUCAUACAGCUUGAUAUUGUUGUAA